GAUCCCGGAGCUGCCCUGACGUCAGCGGGGCGGGCGCGCCCGGGCACCGCAGCCCCGGCGGUCGCAGCUCCGCGCCCCAGUGAGUGCGGCUCCGCCGGGGCGCACCGGGUGACAGGGCACCUGCCUGAUGCCUGUCCCCACCUGACGGCACCGCCAUGGCCGGGGCGCAGGGCUGCGGCGAGGCCAAGAUCGCGGGGCUGUACGACCUGGAGCGCACGCUGGGCAAGGGCCACUUUGCCGUGGUGAAGCUGGCCCGGCACGUCUUCACUGGGCAGCGCGUGGCCGUCAAGGUGAUCGACAAGAGCAAGCUGGCGGGGGAGGCGGCGGGGCAGCUCCUGCAGGAGGUGCGCUGCAUGAAGCUGGUGCAGCACCCCAACGUGGUGCGCCUCUACGAGGUCAUCGACACCCACGCCAAGCUCUACCUCAUCCUGGAGCUGGGUGACGGUGGGGACAUGUUUGAUCACAUCAUGCGGCACGAGGGCGGCCUGGCCGAGCCGCGGGCCAAGCACUACUUUGCCCAGAUCGUCCAUGCCAUCUCCUAUUGCCACAAGCUCCACGUGGUGCACCGUGACCUCAAGCCCGAGAACGUGGUCUUCUUCCAGGAGCAAGGGGUGGUCAAACUCACCGACUUUGGCUUCAGCAACCGCUUCCAGCCCGGCAAGAUGCUCACCACCAGCUGCGGCUCCCUGGCCUACUCGGCACCAGAGAUCCUGCUUGGGGAUGAGUACGAUGCCCCAGCUGUUGACAUCUGGAGCCUGGGAGUCAUCCUCUACAUGCUGGUGUGUGGCCACCCCCCCUUCCAGGAGGCCAACGACAGCGAGACCCUCACCAUGAUCAUGGACUGCCGCUACACCGUCCCCCCGCACGUCUCGGCACAGUGCGCUGAUCUCAUCUCCAGGAUGCUGCAGCGGGACCCGAAGCAGCGAGCGUCCCUGGAGCAGAUCGAGGGCCACACGUGGCUGCAGGGGGUGGACCCGUCCCCUGCCAGCCGCUCCCUGCUGCCCCUCACCUCCCACAAGCGCGUGUCUGAGGAGGAGCACGAGAUCAUCCUCCAGGCCAUGAUGUGCGGGAACAUCGCGGAUCGGGACACCAUCCAGGAGGCGCUGGAAGCCGACCGCUACAACCACAUCACGGCCACGUAUUUCCUGCUGGCAGAGGGGAUGCUGCGGGAGAAGCAGGAGAAGCAGGGCCACCGCCACAGUCUCGUUUACAACCUGGCCAAGGAGGUUCAGAGCAGGCCCAACUUGUCGGACACAUUUGGCUCUGCGGGCAGCGCCGGCAGCCUCCUGCCCUUCACGGAGAUGGGUGGCCUCGCCGGGGCGUCCCGGCUGCCCCCUGGAGGGGACAUUGGCGGCCGGCAGCCCACCGGGACCCUGCUGAAGGUCCCUGCCGUUGACACCACCAUCACCAAGAGCACCCCUGCCCUGCAGCAGAUCUGUGAGGAGGAAGAGGAGGACGAGGAGGAGGAGGAGAGGCCCAGCGCAAUGGAGAGGAAGAGCAGCUCUCUGAACCAGGAGCAGAUGCGAGCCUUCCUGCGCGCCCACCGCCCGCCCGGCCGCGGGGAGGUCUGGGGGCCGGGGGUGGAGCUGGGGGGCCGGGGAGGGCGCUCGGGGAUGGCCUGGGCUGGGAAGGGAGUGAAUGGGGGCCGGGGUCCCCCCGUGCUGCGGGGAAAUGGAGGUGAGUCCCCAAGGAGGGAGGACACAGAGCCUGGGGGCUCCUCAGCAGAUCCUGCCACCCUCCCAAGUCCUGCAGACACGUCCCCAGGGCAGGGGGAGCAGAUCAGCCCGGCCCAGCAGUCGGUGGAGAGCUCAGGCCCUGAAGGGGGCGCAGAGAGUGUGAUCAAGCUGGACCCGGGCAAGGGCAAGGGGGGCAGCCUGCGGGACAGGCUCCUGCAGUUCCCGCUCUGCGAGAAAGCCCUGGCCUUCAAACUGCGGCCGGGCUCCAAGGAGAGCCUCUUGUCACUGGGGCAGUUCAACUGCUGCCAUGUCAUUUAAGGCCCCGGGACUGGCCCUGCUGUGGGCACUGGGAGGGCGCCCACUCCCCUGCCUUUGGUCUGUGGUGGUGGUGGGUGGCACAGUGCCCUGCUUUGUCACCUGCGGUGGCCACCCUGCCAGCACCCCCCCCGGAGCCCGCUAUGACUGACCAGCCCCCGGACAGGCCUGCACCGGCCAGUGUGUCCCCAAACCUCUGGGACAGCUCCACGACCCUGCCCGAACGGGAUGGACCACGACACUUUUUUAACUACUAGAAAUAAUUUUUUAAAAUAGUCUAUUUUAAUGUAAUUAAAUAGAGAUUGCUAUAUCCCCCCCAGACCCCUGAGUGCCCCAGCCCCACAGUGUGCAUGGCCCGGGGCUGGGCUGUCCUGCCUGCAGCCCCCCCAGCAGCCCUGGCCGGGGCCAGGCACAGCCUGGCCCGUGACCCCAGGCUGUCCCCGGGGCCCUCCCUGCAAAUAAGCUUCCUAUUUAUUAUCUCUUUGUUUUCUUGCUGGCAAGAAAUGAAUGACGACGGAGGCAUGGGCCGGAGCUCGGCCUGAGCCGUGACACAUGCCCUGGAAGGAUCGGAGCCGCUGGGAAGCAAAGUUUGUCAGGACAAUAAAAUAAACUCA